AUUACAGAAUCUUCUCCUGUAUUGUACGGAGUAUGUAUGACCGAACGUCCAAAUCUCUUCUUGUCUCUCACUUUCUUUCUUCCCGCUCUGCUUUACUCUCGCCAUACCUUUUCUGAGAGAAAAUUAAAGGAGCCUGUGAUUGAUUUUGGGGGCUCGAAAUGGAGUGGGUGAAGCUACCGCCGCCGCCGCAGGUGGAAGAGGUGGGCGGAGGGAUGUUUGUGAAAGUGAUGACGGACGAGCAAAUGGAGGUCCUCCGGAAGCAAAUCGCCGUCUACGCCACCAUCUGCGAGCAGCUCGUCGAUUUGCACAAAUCAAUCACAUCGCAACACGAUCUUCCUGGAGCUAGGCUGGGGAAUUUCUACUGUGAUCAACUAGUGACAUCAGCUGGCCACAAAAUAACCGGUAGACAGCGGUGGACCCCAACACCCGUGCAGCUUCAGAUUCUUGAGCGGAUGUUUGAUCAAGGCAAUGGAACUCCUAGCAAACAGAAGAUCAAAGAGAUAGCAUCUGAAUUGUCCCAACAUGGCCAAAUUUCUGAAACGAACGUUUACAAUUGGUUUCAAAACCGACGUGCUCGAUCCAAAAGAAAACAACAGGUUGCAUCAACAAACAACAUUGAAUCCGAGGUGGAGGCCGAGGUCCAGUCAACCAAUGCUCGUACGAAGUCGAAGCCCGAGGAUGAUUCAGAAACUUUAAAGAGUGAAAAUGUCUGCUAUCAAACCCUUGUUGCUAGCUCUGCCAUGCAACAAUCCAUUAAUUCAAGAAGCAAUGAAGCUGAACCAGUAUUUCCUUCACAGAGGAGUGCUUCAAAACCGGUGGGGAGUUUUGGCCACAUGUCCUUUUGUGGUUUAUCAAAUCCUGGAAUGGAGCAGAUGAUAGGAAGGAUUGAUGCUCCAGGGAGCUAUAAUCCUUAUCUUAACACAGAAGAUUAUAAUUUGAUGGGUUGAGUUAGAUUAAGCCACGAAGAAGCUACAAAGAUGGGAGAUGUUUCAAGAAUGGCUCAGCAAACUUGUGAGGGAGAAUGCAUAGUAUUAUAGAGCCAUUUUCAUGAAAAAAAUACACAAUUCUUAUUGAGCAUAUAAACUUGUGGUAUUUUUUUUGAGGUAAUUAGUCAUUUACUAGAAUUUGGUUGCUGACCUGAAAGUCUGUCAACCUCAACCCAUUAGUAAUGUGUGAUAAUCUUCCAUAAUGGGCUUGGAAUUUUUAGACUUUAAUGGUUUGCAUAACCUUUUAACUUAAA